AUGGCAAUCUUUUCAUCAUUAGCGGGGUUCUUUAAGAGAAAUAAACGAAGAAUCUUUAUCACUAGUGCUGUAACUAUAUCAGUUUAUUUAUUAGUUAAUGAAUUUGUUAUCAAAAAGUUUAAAAAUUAUCAAAAUGCAUUAAGGCAAGAGUUGAUGUUCAAGCAACAAAUCAAACAAAGAUUUUUACAAACUCAACAAGAUUGUUAUUAUACAAUAUUAGCUUUAUUACCAGUCUUAGCAACACCAAUCGUAGAAUCAUUACCAGUUGAAUUCAUAACACAAGCAUUGAGAUUGAAAAAAGGACAACCACAACAACCACAGCCUCAAAUUACUAGUGGAUCAAGUAGCGAGUUGACAGCUGAUAAUUUAAAUUUAUUAGACAAUAAUAACAACCCACAAUCAAAACUUUCAAUAUAUAUGAAUAAGAGCAAAUUAGAGUUAUGGAACUUAUUAAAAAUCAAAACAAUUACAAGAACAUUAACUUUAAUUUAUUCAAUAUCUGGAUUAUUAUUGAUUACGAGGUUACAAUUGAAUGUAUUAGCAAGAAGAUCAUAUUUGGAAUCGGCCAUAUUAAUGGCAGGUGUCAAAGCUAUAAACAAUGAUUCAGAUCCUCAUGAAAAUUAUAUGAUUGAACAAAGUUAUUUAUCAUUAAGUUGGUGGUUGUUAAACAAAGGAUGGUUCAAUUUAAGUUCAUUAAUUGAAAACAUAGUAAUUAAAAAAUUUGAAAAAAUUACACCUAAAACUGAAUUAAGUGUUAUAGAAUUUGAAAUUUUACUAAAUGAUAUUAUAAGUGAAAUAAAUACAAACAAUAAAGAAUUAAUCUUAUCAAACCUAUUCCCAAUAAAUUAUCAAGACUUAUUGGACACUAUUGUUAAUACAAAUCCUGAUUUAAUUCAUUAUUUGGACAUACCGGACUCAAAUUUGAUUAAAUUGAUUAAUGAAACAAACAAUAUAAUGUUAGACGGUAACUUAUACUUUUUUGAUAUUUUAAACUCAUUAAUAUUAACAAAUUUAUCAACUUUAUCAUCUAAUUUAUCAUUGAAUCUAUCAAAUGUGUCAAAUAGUUUGGUUAUGAGUGGUAAUUUACCCGACCAAAAGGGAGACAAUCAAAUCAAUUCCAAAAGUCAAGACAAUAAUAACAUCACUACAUUAUCAACAUCUAAAAUUGUUGAAAUACCGGAUAAAUCAUAUAAAUUAGCAAGUUUCUUAGCUCAAUUAUCGAUACAAAAUGGAAUAAUGAUUAACAAUAAUGAACCACCGCAAGAGGAACAAGAACAAGAUGAAUUUGAAAAUUUGAUGAAUAAUUUAAAUAAUUUUUCAGGAAAUGCUAUUGAACUGGAAACUUUUCAACAAUCUAAUAAUGAUUUAAAUGGUAAUGUAUAUAUUAACAAUAUGAAUAAUUUGGAUGAUUUAGACGAUUUUAGUGCUGGAAUUUAUUCAAAUUUUGAGUAA